UUUUCUUACCGCCGCCAUUUUAACACUCUGCUCGCGUCGUCGGCUUGGCUUCCCCUUCCCCUCUCGAUUCCUAUUUCUUUCUCUUUUGUUUUGUUGUUCUUCUCGGUUUCUUCUGUCUCCGCUAUGGAGGACAACACCGACUACGGCAGCAGCAAUAACAACAACGCCGGCUCUGGCAGCGGCCAGGAAGACUUCGCCGAGGGCUCCAAGAUCAACGCGAGCAAGAACCAGCAGGAUGAUGGCAAAAUGUUUAUUGGAGGCCUGAGCUGGGAUACAAGCAAAAAGGACUUGACGGAGUACUUGUCUCGCUUCGGAGAAGUGGUGGACUGCACAAUUAAAACAGAUCCUGUCACUGGGAGGUCCAGAGGCUUUGGGUUUGUGCUUUUCAAAGAUGCUGCCAGUGUUGAAAAGGUAUUGGAACUGAAAGAACAUAAGUUGGAUGGCAAGCUAAUAGAUCCCAAAAGAGCAAAAGCUUUGAAGGGGAAAGAGCCACCUAAAAAAGUGUUCGUUGGUGGACUGAGUCCUGAUACAUCUGAGGAGCAAAUAAAAGAGUAUUUUGGUGGCUUUGGAGAGAUUGAAAAUAUUGAGCUUCCCAUGGACACAAAGACAAAUGAAAGGAGAGGGUUUUGUUUCAUCACGUACACAGAUGAAGAGCCAGUAAAGAAGCUAUUGGAAAGCAGAUACCACCAGAUUGGUUCUGGCAAGUGUGAGAUCAAAGUAGCACAGCCCAAAGAUGUGUAUAGACAGCAGCAGCAGCAACAGAAGGGAGGCAGAGGUACUUCAUCUGGUGGUCGUGGUGGUUCCCGAGGACGUGGCAGGGGUCAAGGCCAGAACUGGAACCAAGGCUAUAAUAACUAUUAUGAUCAAGGAUACGGAAGUUACAACAGUCCUUACAGCGAUCAGAGCUAUAGCAGUUAUGGCGGAUAUGAUUAUUCUGGGUAUAACUACCCAAGUUACGGCUAUGGACAAGGAUACGCCGACUACAGUGGACAGCAAAGCACAUACGGGAAGGCAUCCCGAGGUGGCGGUAAUCACCAAAACAACUACCAGCCAUACUAAAGGAACACUCGAGAAGGAACAGCGGGAACUUCAUUGCAGGCCGUGUGUCACCCUGACCACGUCUAUCUCUGGGGGUCGCACGUUGCAGGCAGAGCGCAAGGCAUACACCAGAAAACGCUGUCCUGUGGUAUGGUCUCUUCCAACUUCAUGUACCAGCGUAAAGAUUAAAGUGGAAAACUUCAGACUUUGGCUUCUUUUUUAAAAAAAAAAAAUCUAAGUGUCUUAACUUAAAAUGGUUUUUUACAGGAGUUAAAGUGCAUAAAUGCCUUUACAGCUUAAUCAUUUUUGGUCUUCUGUUUAGUGUUGUAUAUCAAUUGUGGAACCUCAUUUUAAGUGUUCGUUCUUUAAGAUUUAAUGCUUGCUUUUUUCUUUUUAUAGCUUAGUGAAAUCUACAAACCAAAAACGAACUUUUAAAUCUGGGAACAUUAAAGAUCAUAUGCAGGCAGCAGGGGGCCAUAUUGGAAUAACCUGGCUAACAAUUUUCCUUGGUGUAAUUGCCACUUUUUCUUUCCCACUAGCUGUUGAAGCCAUGAAAGGCUCUUCUACGGCUUGGUUUUUAACAAACCAAGAAUUUCCUCUUUCCAAGUUUUCUACAGUUCUCUGAAAUAGCUCCAUCAUUUGAGCUGAACUGGUACAUCCGGGCAUGUAAAGCCUGAUUGGGUCAUCAGAGAUAUUUCAUGUCAACAGAUAUGCAUAUGAUCUUUAACAAUGAAGCAAGGAAUAAAUAAAGGACUUAAAGCAGUUCAUGAAAAUGGACCUUAUUUUAUUGUAAAUGUUUCACAGGCCUCAUCACAGUUUUGUCUUGGUUUUGUAGGUGGAGACUCUACAACAAAGCCAUCUUGCAGAACAUUAGGAUUCGACUUGGAGAGGGUGGUCUUCGUGACAUGAGAUUAUUUUGUAAAAGACUUUUAGUGUAUGACACAGCAGUGUCCAACUGUACAUAGUGGCCGAACUAGUUUUCUUUAUGGUUUUUACUUUGUCCUUUUUGUCAUCCAUGUUAUGAUGCAAAUGUGGUUUUGUGUUUAUACAAUUUUUAUUUGUACAAUUCCAUGUUGAACAAUUCCCAAAUAAAAUGCUUCUGUGAUUGCUGCCUUCUGAACUCAGACAACUGUUGCAGCAUUGUUACGUUGGUAAGAAUUGGCCUAGUGCACCUGAACAAGGCACGCCAAGUCAUAGCCAAUGCCUCGAUAUACACAGGGGAUGUUACAUGCGUGCAACAUUCCUGGUUUUCAAACAGCAAGCAUCCCAUGCGGUGAUGCAACAUGUUAAGUAAUUGCCAUGACUUUUAAUGGCAACAUCACAAUGUGGUGAAGAGUCAAUUUGCCUUUGCUCAGGACAGAAGCAAGUGAAUGUCCUCUGGUGCAGAUGUGGUCCCUUGAGCGUUUGUGAAAGGGAUUGCUGUAAUUGGGCUGUGAUUUGGCAUUUUUAAUAAACUGGAUUAAAAAUUUGGUCUGGUGUAAUAAACAUAUCAGUUGAACAAUGA